UGGCGCGAGCCCACGGCUGACGAAAGCUGCUGAUCCCGCUCGGUUUCCAUGGAGACGAGCGAGCGCGGCGGCGGCGGCGGGGCUGUCAGCGCGCGCGGCGGCGGCGGUCGCGCGUCCGCGGGGGUCUGCAGGAGGAAGGAGGAGGCCGGGGCCGGGACCCUCGCGGCAGACAUGGACUUGCCUUGUGAUUGUGCUGCCGAAACUCCGGCCGCCGAGCCGCCGUCGGGGAAGAUUAACAAAGCUGCUUUCAAAUUAUUCAAGAAGAGGAAAUCGGGUGGCACCAUGCCCAGCAUAUUUGGGGUCAAAAACAAAGGGGAUGGGAAAGGCUCGGGUCCGACGGGCAUGGUGAGGAGCAGGACCCACGACGGCCUCGCCGAGGUGGUGGUGCUGGAAAGCAGCAAGAAGGAGGAGCCGCGCGGCGGGGGCGACGCUGGCGGUGGCCGCGGCGGGGGUCGGCCGAACCCGGGUCCCCCCAGGGCUGCCGGGCCCGGCGUGGGCUCGCUGGCCAGCAGCUCCGUGGCUAAGUCACACAGCUUCUUCUCCCUUUUGAAGAAGAACGGGAGGUCUGAAAAUGGCAAAGGGGACCCAGCAGAUGCAGGCAAGGCUGGCGGCAAACAAAAGAGGGGGCUGAGAGGGCUCUUCAGCAGUGUGCGCUGGCACAGGAAGGACAAGCGCGGCAAGGAGGGGGAGCGCGGGGCGCGCGCGGGGGGCCCGGGCGGCCUCACCCUGCCGGGGUCGCUCACCGCCAGCCUGGAGUGCGUCACGGAGGAAGCGCCCCGACCCGCGUGCGCGCCGGAGAACCCCAGCAGGGACGCGCCGCCAGACCCAGCAGGUGAGCCCGGAGGGGGAGAGCCGGGGCUGGCCUCCGCGGAUCGCGCUGAAGUGCCCCACUGCCGAGAGGCCGAGAGCCCCGGGGUCCCUAACGCCACCGGCGCCCAGGGAGAGGACGCCGCGGGGCAUCGGCGCGCCGAGGAGCCCCGGGCACCCCCCGAGCUGGGCGCUGGGGAGGUCCGGACGGCCGAGGAUGCUUCCAGGACAGGUGACGUUCCGAUAAAGACUGUCCCCCUUGUCGACUCCGACUGUGGCAGUGGCCGGGCGUCUGCCGUCCCGGACCCUUCCUCUGUUGAUCCACCCUCAGACCCAUCGGCCGAUCGUAUUUGUUUGAUGUUUUCUGACGUGACUUCACUGAAAAGCUUUGACUCUCUUACAGGCUGUGGAGAUAUUAUUGCAGACCAAGAGGACGAGGCAGGUCCCAGCUGUGACAAGCAUGCCCCCGGGCCAGGCAAGCCAGUUCUCUCUAAAAAGAACCCCAGCGUGGUGGCCUACCAAGGAGGAGGGGAGGAGAUGGCGAGCCCGGAUGGGGUGGAUGACACCUAUCUCCAGGAAUUCUGGGACAUGCUCUCCCAGACUGAGGAUCAAGGACAAGGGCCCCAGGAGGGAGCGGCUAAGGCGGCGGCAGCACUGGACGCCAAGGUGGUACCCGAGACCUCCAAAGAUGCCAGGUGUGCAGAAGCGGCCAAGGACGUGUCCUUGGUCAAGCGCAGGAGGCUCAACAGGAUUCCCAUUGAGCUCCAUCCCAAGGAGGAGCCUAAGCACCUGGAGAAGGAGCAGCAGGAAGGCGUCCCCAAUAGUGACGAGGGCUACUGGGAUUCCACCACUCCGGGCCCAGAGGAAGACAGCAUGAGCAGCGGGAAAAAGGCAAGCAUCCCCAGGGAUAGCUACAGUGGUGACGCGCUCUACGAUCUCUACACGGAUCCGGAUGCAAGCCCAGCCGUCCCUCCCGCCAACGAGGAGACAUCCUGCGUGUCCCGGUUAAAGCCCGUGUCUCCAGUCACCAUCACCUGUCCACUGCGAACACCAGGCAGUUUGCUGAAGGACUCUAAGAUCCCUAUCAGCGUCAAGCACCUCGCGAACCUUCCAUCGAGCCAUCCUGUGGUGCACCAGCAACCAGCCAGGAGUGAGGUGCCCAGAACCAAAAUCCCCGUGUCCAAAGUGCUGGUCCGCAGGGUCAGCAACCGGGGCUUGGCUGGGACCACCAUCAGGGCAGCCGCAUGCCACGACAGUGCCAAAAAGUUGUGAGGUCUCUAUUGGACCACAUGUCAAGGAAUACAACUCUCUGGAAACCACUGAUACAAGUUUUGCUUCCCCUAAGAAAGGCUUUUAGGAUUGUCCUUGCACCAGAGCCUAGAACAAGGAGGUCUUAGUGGCCAGCUGGGGCAGGAGACACUAGAGAGGGGAUGCCACACAUGGGAUUAUCCUCCCAAGAGAAGUCUCUGACAAUUAUUUUCAAGCACUUUUUUUUUUCCUUUUAUCUUUAAAAAAUAUUUUUCUCUUUUUUCUUUAAUGCACUGAACACUCGGAAGUCACCUUUACUUGCCUUUGCAGAAAACAGGACUUAACCAAAUGGAAGUAAGUGUCACACCAUAUUUGGUCGUGCCAGGGUCCAGAGGGCCUGGAGGAAGCUGCCAGAACCAGAGGAGUCCUCUUCUUCCAUGACACCUCCUUUCCUUUCCUUUCCUUUCCUUUCCUUUCCUUUCCUUUCCUUUCCUUUCCUUUCCUUUCCUUUCCUUUCCUUCCCUUCCCUUCCCUUCCCUUCCCUUCCCUUUCCUUUCCGUUACUUUCCUUUCUAGGGGAAAAAAAAAAAAAGAAAGAAAAGAAAAAGACCCUUUGCUGUUAUCACUGUGUGGAAAACACCUACGAAGCUGAAAGAGCCAGGUAUUUACCUGAUGGGCAGAGGGCAUCAUUCAUUGGCAGAAAAUUUGCCUACUUUCAGUUGAUAGGUAUGCCAAUAGGUAAAUAUCUACCACCGGGACAAGAAAGGAGCGUUUUGGUUUGGUUGGUUUAAAUCAUUUGUUUGGGGAGAAAUAAAAAACUCAGCAGAGCAGGCUUUUCCUUUUUUGUUUUUUCCCAUCCUGUGCAGAAAUCAGGAUUGGGGAAAGAUUUCACUAAACAAGAGACCCCGUAUUUUAGCAUUUAUAAACUAUCACCUUUUCAUGUGUACAUAAUGCAUAUUUUACAGUUUAUGCAGCUGUUAACAUUUUAUAAUCUGUCCAUAACCUCGAGUUUAAAAUCUGGUUUUAUAGCUGGAUAAGGUAACUGUCCCCAAAACACUGAUGUUCUUUUAUGUGCUGUGUAACCUGAAGCAAUUCUGUUUCUGUUGUAUAUGGGUUCUCUGGCUUUCAAUGCAGAAAAAAAAAUCUAUUGUUGAUGAUCCAGAGCAAUAGUUCUGCCUUGUCUUGGGUAAGAUUCUAUUUGUUUCUCACCCCAAGUUUUCAGAGAUUUUACCUUCGAUAUAAAAAUUUUCGGAUUCAACCAUUCCUCCAUAUGGGGAGUUCAAAAUGAGGAACACAUAAUGACUAACAAUAGAAAAAUAUCAUUUUUCUUACCAUUUGACUUCUGCUCUAUAGACUUAUGAAUGAGACAGGUAUGUUCAGAAUAUGACGUUGACAAACUUAUGUGUCAUAAACACUUUAUGCCAAGAUUUUUUCGAAAAGUGGCUUACUUUGUGUAUGUUCUCUAUUAUUUGAGGUGAAACAUGUAUUUCAGAAAGGGUUCCCAUAUGGUUUGAAUGAUAGACUGAAGCAGUUCCUCGAAUGCUACUAAUGUCUAAUGAUUCUAUAGCAUCGUCUGAUACGCACUUCAGUGUAUUUAAUCAAAAAACCAGAGCUUCUACUGGGAGGUGAUUCAUGGUAUCAGGAAGAUUAGACAUAUCCAAAGGAAACUACACAUAUGUAAAUGACAUAAACACUUCUAUAUAAUUCUCGUUUUCCAGAGAGAUUGCCUAAGUAAUGAACUGGUAUUACAUGUUUUUUAAGUUUCUCUUCUGUUUUAUAAAGGAAAGAGUAAGGCAAGUUAAGUAUGUGAAAACCAAUUUUAAUAAUAUGAAGGAAGUAACAAAAUAAACGGACACCCAAGGAAAACAAAUUUGAGCCAGUAGCACAAAGCGGGUUGCUCCCCAUUUUAAAUGCACAGUGUUUCAAUUAGAAGAGGUGGUAGAGAUUUGCCGAAUUUCUUUAUUAGUCACAUUACUGGGUUUAAUCACAUUGUGUCAGAUCCUUAAUGUUAUUUCAAAGUAAUGUUUUAAUAUUUAAUUUCCUUAUGUCUACAGAUAAGGUCCUAUACUCAGACAUAGCCUUAAGCAGUCUGAAUACACCACCAGGAAUUCAUAAAGCAACUCACACAUGCUCAUGCACUCAAGUGUGCACCAACUAGCAGACAAAGGCACCUAUCGUAAACGUGGAAGUAUUUUAGCCAUCAUUUCUGGCUUGAGAAAGGGAUUUAACUUUGAUUUAACGCUUAUAGUACUAUUUAGACUCAAGAUACAUUCAUUUCCCCCUAGUGAAUAGAAAGGACAUAAAUUUUAUUCCUAGCUCUAAAACAAGGCAUCUUUAUUUUCUUGUGCAAGGGUUAUAUUCUCCUCUGCAUGAAUCCAUGACACAGUUAUGUUUGUUCAUUUCAUUGUACAGGAGAGUUAAGAACCUGAAGUACUGAUGAGAAUCUUGUAAAGGCAGUCUAUCUAUUUAUUUUGUAACCACUGGAACAAACUAUUUUUGCUUUCACAAAUUUGGGGCUUAUUUCUGCAGUUACACUGCUAUGCUCUGUCUUUAUAUAAGUAAAGGAAAGUGUCCACAAAGUUUACCUUAAUUUCCCCUUGCCUAUCAAUUAACCAGUUAUAGAAGAUUUAAAUAUUUUUUUUUACUCUUUUUCCCCUACAUUUUUCAUGUUUUUUUACGCUGUAUCUGUAAGAAUUCCACCUACACCAGUCUAAUGAAGGAUUCAGGAAAUGAAUUAAGUGCCCUCGAUCACUUGAUGGGAAAUAGGACCAAUGCAGGAAGGGUGUAUCUUACCCUUUUCCAACCAUAGAAAAGGGAUCCUAGGUGUGUGUGUGUGUGUGUGUGUGUGUGUGUGUGUGUGUGGCGUGCACGUGCACCAAGGACUACUUUCACUCAUUCAUGUUCAUGGAGAGUGUUUUUUAGAAUUUUAAUAGAUUUCCAUUCCAAUUAUUAUUAACGCAUUAUCAAAUUUGGCCAUAUUUCCUGAUUGUUUUUAAGAAAAGGACUGGAUAUGGGCUGAUGACACUUUUCCAGUUUGUAUGUGUGAUUCUGAGAUACUUGGUUGAUUAAGUCCCUUUAGUCAAAGAGCUGACUAAAUUGGAAAAGCAAAAGUCAAAUCAAUUGUGGAUUCUGAAUUUAUCAGUCAGUUUAAUAGCUCUGCACAAAGACAGCCUGAUUUUAAUAUCAGCAUUACACAGACAGUGUCACUUGAACCACUCUAAUGGGUGAUGCUUUUAUUCUUCUAUCAGCACCAAUAGGGAGAAAUUUUACUGCAGCAUUCUGAAUAAUCACAAGAGGAAAUGGAUUUCUAUUAUUUCACCUAAUAACAACAAUGGGAUAUAGAACAUUAAGGAUUUCCUUUAGAUACAUUUUCCACAAAUUAUCUGCCUACUUAAAUACAAAGUGUUUAACAUCUAGGAAGGUGACGACUUACUGAGUGUAAAGGGUUUAUUCAUUAAUCUCAGAAGUAGUUUUCAAGUAUUUGCAUUAAAAUGAACAUUCAAAUAGCCCUUUGCUUACGCAGUUAUCAAGGUAAAAAAGGCUAUGUUAGGCAUCAAGGUUUCUUUGAACUUUCUAAGAGUUUUCGUUAUUGACAUCUUAGGUUAAUUUUCAGUGACUCUGUCUUUAACUUUGCAUGGAGAGACUGAGUGAUGGAGCUUUCUGUCCUCUCCCUUUGUUUCCAUCAUGUUUGCUUAGUGCCCUCAGAUAGCAGUCCUGAGUCCCUUCUCACGGUUUAACGAGUUUUGACACUUGCAUAGUGUAACUCAUUUCCUGCUUGUAGUCAUUGUAGAUUUCUCUCCUGAAUGACUCUGUGGAUUCGGCCCCCUGUGCUUGGCUAUUACUGAGACAUGCUCUAGUACUAUCCCAUAUACUUUGCUCCCCUUAUCGUUGUUAGGAAAUUAAUUCAGGAAUUUUAUACUCUUGAACACAAGGAAGAAAAAGGAUCAUAGUUGCCUCCUGUCACCACUGAGGGUGGCCCGUUUUAAAGUUCCUGGAUGAAAUGAGAGGAGAAACCCAAAUAUCAGCCCUACCUUGCUUCCCUCCCCCUUCUCCAGGCAGCCCAAGACAUGGACAGUGCAGUUCUUACUUAGGAAUUUUCAAUUCCUUACGUGAUAAUAUUUACAAAACAGUCUGAAACCAAAAGGCUAAUGUGACAGCCUAGUGUCUUAAUAUAGUCCGUGUGGGAAAGCAAGAAGCAAGCAUUUACUUUGGAAAAAGAAACAACUGUAACGGUGUCAGGUAAAAUGCUAGUGUGCUCCUUCCUCAAGGGCAGGGAUUGAUCCCACUAAGAAGGUCUUCUGGUGGCUGUCAUGGAUUGCUUUGCAAAGCCUUUUCACUGUGAGAAUAAUGGUUUAAAGGAGACAGUUUAUCGCAACAAUAGCCACUCAUAAGGAAUAUUAUCUCAUUGCAGAUAAUGUUUUUAAGGAGUGGUUCAGAAUGGUAGUUUCAGGAUUAUGGAAAGGAGUUCCAUCUCAAACUCAAAAAGGAAAGAUUAAAAUAGUCACAACGCAUUUCCCGACCCAUUCCCUAUAAACCAAGAAAAAAAAAUUCACACACACAAAAAAAGUCACAAAGCCUCCAGAAUUGAAAUUGGGUACAUUUUAUGACUGAUAUUUACUUGAAUUCAGUGUGACACUUUCACUGGGCAUAUGCUGUAUCUCAUACUUAAUAAAAACCCAUUUCAGUUUGGACUUCCUAUAUAGCUUUACUGUAAUUGGACUUAAUAUUCAUUAAAAAUACCUUUAUUCUAUUUCAUGUACCUUUUUUGGUAUUUGUUGCCGAUAGUUUGUCGGGUGAGGGUGAUAUGGAUUCAGACAUACAUUCCUCUAAAAAUAAUAACAAUAAUGAUAACAAUGAUUAACAGUUGUUGAGUACUGACUAAGUGCCAGUGACUGCUAGGUGCUUCACAAAUAUUUACUGGGGCCCCUUAAGAGCCAUAUAGGUUAGGUAAUAUUAUCUUCCUAAUAUGACAUUAUUUUUGUUUGUUUCUAUCCCAUUCUGUCCCCCUCCCCAUUUCUUCUAGUCUCUGGGACAGGGAUAUUAAACUCUUUAGUGACUUAUGAUAAUACAAGAACUAAAAGCUGCUUAAUGUCAUUACAAGCACACUUUCACUAGAACAAAAAGCUAAGCCAAGUCAUGAAGCUAGAAGUUGGUUUUGUGUCUGAGAUGAUGGUGGAGCUCACGUCACUGACAGGGAAACCUGUUAUUAUAGGCGAAUAGGAAAGCAACCUGCCUUGCUCUGGAGGCAUCCUCUCCUGGGGAGCACCAUCAAAAGUAUGUACAGAAAUCUCUUCUGUUGUCAUGGUGACACUUCUUCCCUGAGAGGAUGGCCGUCAUUCCGAGCACGUUCCACUUGUUUUCACCUCAAGCCCAGUCUAGGUUUGUUCUGGGUGUUCCGGGUUGUUUGUUUAGAUAAGAACUAGUUGAGUGAUCCCUUGCCUUGAUAUGGUCCUGAACUUCAGAGAUAAGCUCCUGGCUCUUUCAAAAGUAGAGCAUCUUACCUUCUGUCUACGGCCGUUGAAUCCUGACCUAUAUUUUCUGAUUCAUUAAUUCAUUCGACUAGCAGUAAUUAAACACCUACCUAUAAGUCUGUCACCUGUAAGUCUGUGAAUUUGAGUAUUUUACAUUAAAUUAAAAUAACGAACUAACACAGUUAAUUUAAUGUAAACCACAUACUGGGUGUUUACUGUGCUGGGAUGGUGCUCUGUGCUUUCUUUUCUACUGUGAUCUUGACUGUUCACAAGAGCCAGACAAGGUGGGUAUUGGCUCCGUUCUACAGAGGAAGUAAAUGAUGCUCGCCAAGGUCAAAUAUCUGGUCCAAAGUCACCCAUUUAAUCAGUAAUAGAAUUUGAACCAGAAAUCUCACUCUAUAACUUUGGCUUUAAUUAUAAAUCUUUAAUCAGCCAUGUGAUUCAGUUUUUCUGUAACUUGUUUUAAGUUAGAAACUGAUCAAAGUUCUGAACUGCAGGAGUCAAACCAGAUUUUUAUGAUUGGGAAUACCAUUAAAAUGAUGUCUAUUUUAGUUAAAAGUGAACUUGUGUGUUUUUUUUUAAUUACUUGAUGGCUUUAUAUAGGCAAGUCUAAAAGGGAGAUCUCAAUGUCUAGCAGGUUUUUUUCUCACCUGGCCAGUCAACAUUUUGGACCGUAUUCACCAAUUAGAGUUACAUACUAGCCGGUCUAUAUACAGGUUUUAUAAUUUGAUGACUGCUUUGUCACUAAUAAAACCAAAAGCAAUUUCAAUAGUAAAUCCGACAGAUUGCAACCUGAGUUUUCUUCCACUCUGAUUCUAUUAAGGUGCCACUCUCAGUAUUUAGGGAAAAUUUGUUUGAAAUUGCAUCAUAGUGACAUUAACAAGGUUAAUAGUAAAUAGUAAAAUUAACAAGGUUAUUUUACUAAUAUAUGGGCUACCUACACUUGGUAACAAAAACAAAUUUUUUUAGACCUCAUUUUAAUGAGAUGCAGAGGAAUAUUUCAAUAAAAUGCGGUCAUUUAUUGAAUUGUAAACUGGGGUAGUUUUUGGACAUUAUUCAAUAAUUGGGUGAAGUAACUUUCUCCUUUAUGUGAGAAGAUAACAUUUUUAAUAAAAUAAAACCUAGAUUAUUGGUUAUUGGAGACAUAUUAAACUUUCUGAGCUAUCUACCUGGAUCAUUUAAUAAACUAAAACAGAAAUACUAAAAAAUAUCUGGUCAAAUUGCAAAGGGGCGUAGAGUAAGCACACAGUAAAUACUCAUUAACAUGUGAAAUGGAAUUCGUGAACCUUCUGAAAUAUCUACAUGACAACCAUUUAUCCCCCAUUACAGACUUAUUUCUAAAUAAAAGAGUAGAAACUCGAACAAAGUAAUGUAUAACGUUUUUAUUGUUUCCAGGGUGAAUUUAAUUGAACAUGGAGGAUCUGAUAGUGGUGGUUUUAUCAAGAAUAUCAGGGAAAAUGGUUUUGAUGUUAUAGGCAAAGUAAAUGCCUGUCAUUUUUACUUGACUCCAGCUAUCAGUCAGGCUCAUUGCUAACUUCAGGUUUUGCCCAAGUUAUUGAUAGGAAACAUCUCAGCCUAAUAUGAGGAAUUGCAGGUUAUUGAAAAUGAUGACACAGAAAACCCAAAUGGGAAACUCCAGAUCUCUAAUUAGUUUUCCUGAAAGUCAGGCAUGUCUUUGAGGACGAGCCUUGGGCUGUAUUAUUUUUGUGCACAGGAGGAAAAUUGUUAGUAGGUUUAUAGAUAUUAUUUUUAUAAUAGAAUGUUAAAUUCCCCCAAAACAUCAAAAAUUGUCUCCCAGAACUACUCUAUGUUUUUAAAACUUGUUUUCAAACACGGAUUCUAAAUAGCAAUAGAGUCUUUUCUCCUUUCUCCACUCCAAUGGUUUAAUGGGAUAGAUAAACCAAUGUUUAUAUUUUUAAACCUGUAAAUGUUUUAUUUUGGGUAUUUUGUAUAUUUGUUGAUAUAAUUCCAUUUUGUGCACCUGUCCCAUUGUGCAUGUUGCUGUUUUUGAUAGUCACCCUUUUAAUGAAUGUACGAAGCUUGGACUCAUAGCACUUUUCUUGUCUCAUUCAAACAUCUUCAAAUGAAAAUACAACACUGCCAUUUUAACUGUUGUGUUUAAUUCCGUCAAUAAACUUU